UCAUAACUCAAUCAUAAAAUUUCAGUGCUUAGUUGCACGUACGGUUUCACACCUAAUUUCUUUACAUAGGAAUUAUAAUAUGGCAAGAUUCAUAUUUUUCCCGUAGCAGAGAUGGAAGAUAAACCCGUAGUAACUCAUGCGGGAGAUGCAGCUUUGUUCUUAGCUCUUCAUGCCGGUCUCGCCGGGGCACUACCCAGAGAACAAGUGGAAUGGCGGCGAUCGUAUGGACGUGCUCCAAAGACAGUCCUGCUGGAUGCAAAUUUUGUGCAAUUCUCCGAAGAUAUCUUACCUAAGCAUCCAGAGGUGGCGCUGCUCGGUCAACCUGUCUUUCACACGUACUGGACAGAAUGCAAUGAUGUGGAUGCGUACAAGGCAGCAGUCAAAGAAGAGAUUACCACCUGGCAGGCAUCACUGAAGAACUAUGGCAUCACUGAUUGGUUGAUUGUUGCCGUGGUGAACACUGAAAGUAAAAAGGGGAAAAAGCCAAACAUCUUACCACGCACAAGCGUGGUGGACAAGAUCAAAAGUGAUUUCUGCAGCAAACAGAAUGACAGGUGCUUCGUGCUCUUCGAGCCGUUCAAGAGUGACGUGAAGAGUGCCGAGUCAUGGCAGACGCUGCUGCAGCGUCUGCGACAGCUCAUCUUGCACGGUCUCAAUCGCUACCUGAGCCGCUUCGAGGAGAACAUGCGCUCGCAGCGUGAGAAGCGCACCGUGCCCGGCUGGAGCUUCUGCAACUACUUCAUGCUGCAGGAGGAGCUGGCGUUUGUGUUUCAAAUGCUGGGACAGUAUGAAGAUGCACUGGUGCAGUAUGAUGAACUAGAUGCUCUGUUCACGCAGUAUGUCGUUAACUACAGUGCAGGAGACACGACUGAGUGGAUGGCUACGUUCAUGCGUCCGUGCAUCUGCUGGGACGGACUGUCGCUCGCCGUGGAGACGAACGACGGGCGGCGUGCGGCGAUCCAGCACGCGACCGCGCACCUGCUCGACUUCCGCAACUACCUGUUCUCACGACAGUGCGCGCUGCUGCUGACACUGCGGCGGCCGUGGGAGGUCGCGCAGAGGUCACUGCCGUUCAUGCACAACUGCGUCAAUGAGUUGAACCUGCUUGAGAUUGCCAUGCCAAAGGGCUCAGUAUAUUGCUGGGUGUUCCUCAGUUGCCUGGAAGUAUUGGAUAAAUGCGAGAGCGCCAGUCAUCUGACUGAGUUUGAGUCGUAUUCGCUCUACACCGCAAGCUUGUGGAACUAUGCCCGACUGAAGCUCCAUGCGCUUGGAGAAUUAUGUGGCCUAAUGCCAGGUACAGAAUCGUCGUCUGAACAACUCAACAUGGUAGUCGACUUGCUGUCUGGAAUGGGACAAACAGAGUCUGGAAAUUCAAAGAAGCCUGGACCCAUGGACAAAUUGCGGGAAGCGUUGUCUUCGGAAGAAUCCUUUAGGAAACACUACCUGGAAUUGUCAGAAUUGGCCAUGGGCACGUUCAAGCACAUUGGUAGGCUACGGAGUGCUAGACUGAUUGGCAAGGACCUCGCUGUUUUUUACAUGAAGCUAGGGGAGCUUUACAUGGCAGAGAACUACCUACAGGAGGCACUGAAAAUGUACAAGAAAGAAGGCUGGGAGAGUAUGGUGGCGGACACUCGCAUGGAGCUGGCAAAGUGCCAGCUGCAGCAGGGCAACUAUUACAAAUAUGUCAAGACAUGUGCGCAUCUAGCAAGUAGCUUGAUGCUGCCAGCUGACACUAGGCAGGAAUACUACGACGAGCUGAUCACCACUGUGAGGACAUUAGAAGACAUAGUUCGGAUGAAGGCAGAGCGUAUCUUUGAGCUGACUAGUGCCGAGGUGGCUCCUGCUACCGCCGUCACCCUCGGUGACACGGUCACUGUCACCCUGCACGUCACCAACAACCUUCCCAGCGGCGUGCUGUGCAACAUCGCUUGCUCGCUGCGCCACACGCCACGCGACCGGUCCGAUGAUGACAGCGGCGGCAGCAGCAACCAGAUGCGGUCGGCCAGUGAGUCGAGCCUUGGUAGCGCGGGAUGCGGCAGCGACGCGGCGUCGGCGACGGGUAGCAAGCACGCGGCAGGAGCGACGCGCGGCAGCCGGCGUCUGCGGAUUCAGGAGACCAUCGACAGGGUGACAGGCACGGUGUACGUCAGCUGUCGCAACUCCAGCGUCGUGCUGCAGCGCAUGGACAGCGUGCCGUCGCUGACCUUCAGAGACGCUGAGGUCGCCAAGGAGGAUUUCUCGCACUGUCUGUGCGCGACGGCGGUCAUGCUCAAGCCUGGAGCGAAUGCCGUGCCGCUACAGGCGAAGACGGAGAAGCGAGGCAGCUACGCGCUGCGGCAGGCUUGCAUUGAGAUGGCCAGUAUGGAGUUCCUACAGUGGCUCCACCUGCCUGUAUCAUACGACGUCGUCUGCGAGGAACCAACCGUGUUUCUCACACCAGAUAGCGACAUGCUAGCAGGGCUGCCUCAGCAUCUGGACCUGGUGCUGAACAGUGGAAGCCAUGGUAUAGAGGAUGGGGUUGUCAUCAAGAUGAUGUCUUCAGCUGGUCUGUCGCUGCAGGUGGAGAGUGGUGCCGUCACGAUACUGGACCAGAAGGAGACGUCUAUGAUGCUGAAGCUGCCGGGUGUUGCGGCCUUUGAGACGCUAGCCAUUGCCAUGACCGCCGUCGCCGACCUAGCAUUCUCACGCAGCCAGAAGAUCAUGCUGUACUGUCCGUGGAGUGAUUCGGCACCCUAUGAGCUCUGUGUCUCGCUCCUGUCUCCCUUCACCGUGUCCCACUCACUGCACACGACAGGAAAGAGGAAGUUUGUGCAGGUCGUCAUCCACGGAGAGUGUGGCGAACGAUUCAGCUUCGAGCGUCCAUCGCUCGCCGCCACGGCAACCACCACCGACGGUCGUGCCGUUGACUUCACUGACCUCAACAUUGCUGGUCAGGUCGCGGUGGUGAGUAAGGAUCAGAAUCUAUCAUACAUCUGGAGCUUGGAAGAUGAAUCCAUUGAGGAAGUCGACAACCUGGAGUUGGUGUUCUCUGUCACCUACAAGUGGCUUUCAAGCAAAAUUGAAGAAUGCUCACCGAGGCAGUGUGGCUACCACUUUACCCUUGCAAACUUCAAGACGUUCUACUCUGUGACGUCGCACGUAGAACCCGUCUCAGGAACGGCGUUCUGCCGGGCCGGUCACAUGUGUCGUCUGCACGUCGACAUCUCCAUGGUGACGGAAACGACGAACGUGUCUCUGAUGUACGAGGUGAUAGCCGAUCAGACGAUGUGGGCCGUCUGCGGACGAACAGCCGGUGUCGUUACAAUUAGUGAUGCUGGCCAGCACCAGGUGUCACUGGAUGUCAUGCCUUUGGUUGGAGGCUAUCUACCCUUGCCAGAAGUGAAACUUUCGAAGUACAUCAAAGCUGAGCGUACGGGAUCCGGAGACAGUGGCAAGGCACCCUCGUCACCCGUGGACGGCCUAAAUCCCUCCUCCCCCAUCCUGGCCAGCACCCCUCGAGUAGGGACGUCAGCUAAGAGCUCACCUGUGCACCUGCCCGUCCCACGGCUGGAGGGGUUUAGUAGUGGGCAGGUGUACAACCGUAGUCAGGCUCUACAGGUGCACGUUCUACCCGCGAGUAACACUAGCUUGCUCGAGACAUCGACGUAAAGACGAGCACGCAUGUAACGACUGACACAUCGCUCCUGAGGCAAAUGUCCCGUCUCUGCUGCACUUGGGAAACUAAGUAACGGGUCUGACUCGGAUUUUACCUUUAUUUCCCAUGUGCAGUGUAGAGAUGGGACGUUUGCCAUUUAGAGGGAUGUGUACUAUGCUACACCAGCUAUGCAGGUGUGCAUACUAGCUGUCACAUGUUACCUGCUAGAAACACUAGAGACCUCAGCAUAAGCACAGGUACGCAUGUUAUGAGCCAUGCAGUCACACCUACUACAAGCUAGUAGCACGUACUAGCUAGCUAUAGUGACGUCAGCGUAAACUCGAGCAGGCGUGUAACCAGCCACACAGUUACAUAGCCAACCUUCUAGCAAUACUGACCUGUUAACCUGGGUUUACACUGCCAACUUUACAUUGGCGAAUUGGCGAGUUGGACCAAUUUUGCAAUUCGGC